AUGCCUGAGAGAAAUGUCUUGACUUGGAAGGCCAUGAUCAGUGGGUACUUGAGAAAUGGAGACACAAGAUCUGCUUCUCUUGUAUUUGAGGAGAUGCAAGGGAAAACUCAAGUGACUUGGAGUCAAAUAAGGUGUGGGUUUGUUAGGAAUGGAGAUAUUGUCACUACUCGGAGGUUGUUUGAUGAGGUUUUUCGUGAGUUGAAGGAUGUGUUAAUAUGGACUGUGAUGGUUGAUGGGGGACUUGUUGAAUUACUGCAUUUAGCUUUUGGUGUGGUGGUUGUGAGGUUCCUGAAAUAUGACAUGACAGUAUUAUUGAUAGAAUUAGCUAGCAAGAGAAGUGCGCAGAUCGAACCUAGGGUUCCUUCUCGGAGAGGACUGGUCAGGGUGGGAAACAGAAGCAUUGGAAUAAUGUGGUGGAACUUGAUGAUGAUCGGAAUCGUGAAGCAGAGGUUUGUCUCGCAGAGAUUACCGAUCUCGGUGGAUGCGGUGGGGUUCUCGCCGGCGUACAAGGAGGAACAGGGAGGGAGAGGAAGGGAGAGAAGUUGGGCAUGA